AUCACAGAAAAUUAGAAUAUUGCAUAAUAAAUGAUUACUUUUAAUUUUGCAGCUUGGCAAAAGCCUCCGGUUUAAUAUUUUAGUGCAGUAUUUUUCUUUUGCCUUACUUUUUUAUUUAAAAUAUUUUGGGCAGUAAGCCAAAAUAGGCAAACAAAAUCGUUGUUGUUUGAAUUUAUCUUCUAAAAUCUUGAGCUUUUCUUUGACUGUAACGAAUUCUGACUGCGCUUUCACUGUCACUUUGGGCUAAACCAACUAAAGUGGCUCCUCCGAGAGAGACGUAUUCUGCUGAAUACAAAACACAGAGUGAAACGUGUUCAUAGUAUGUAUUUGAUUGUCGCCACGUUUAAAGUAAAAUAAUAUCACCGUUUUCUUUUGUUUUACCGUUCGGUCUGAAUGUUUCGCGGCCGUGAAAUGUAGACAUCCCCCUCUCGCCGAAUGUGAGAUGGUACGGCCCAGACGGAUUGUUGCAAUGCCUCUUGAUGGGCCAGUAGGUACCCUGACUGAACACAGGAUGUCUUGACGCUCGUGGCACAUCUGCUGUUUUUCUGCAAUAUAUACCGCAUUUUAUUUAUGUAUAUCAUCCGUCGACGCGUAGACUUUUCUCCCGCAGAUGUAGGAGGCGAGAAAAGCAAGCAAAACAAGUGCAACUGCCCUCUCGCGUAUUCGGAAAGGUUUACCAGCGGCUUUGCGACGCUCUGUGGCUUGUAGGAACCAACUGCACCUUUUAAUCCAGAAACUUCUCUCGGUAUCGAUAUCAUCUACCUGUACGUGUUGGAACAUUUCCGGGGUGUUUUUUCUUACGCCUUUUUUUUAUACAAAUUCCACCAAGUGUGCUGAGACGGUAUUUUAACGCACAAACAGUGAAGGUGUAAUUACUUCACACUUGCAACAUGGCUGCUGUGGGAACCGCACAGAGAAAAGUUUGACGUGGGAGAAGUUUAAUGCGGCUGCGAGUUUGUACGCGAGGAGUUGUCCAGAUCAUAAAGUCGCAGCUGACCUGCCACCGCUGUCCCCGGACUACAAACCAGUGGAUGAACCGUGUGAGAGCCGCCUCCUCCUCCUCCUCCUCCUUCUCCUCCUCCUCCUCCUCCUCCUCCGCCGCCGCCGCCUCCUCCUCCCGAGUCACUGCAGUGGACUUUGUGGGGAAACUGUGGUGUCUUCCUCACUAUCGCAGGCUGUGGUGGCGUUAAAGGACUCGUGUCGUCUGUCUGAGGCCGCAUUUCGAGGUGAAGAUGCAUUUUUCCAUACCCGAAACGGAGGUUCGCUCGGGAGAAAACGGCUCGACAUAUGUGGCCUACAACAUCCAUGUGAACGGCGUGCUGCACUGUCGGGUACGCUACAGUCAACUUCUGGGCCUCCAUGAACAGAUAAAGAAAGAAUAUGGCAGCAAUGUGGUGCCUUCCUUCCCCCCAAAGAAGAUCUUCACCCUGACUCCUGCUGAGGUCGAACAGAGACGGGAACAGCUGGAGAAAUACAUGCAGGCUGUCCGUCAGGAUCCGUUGCUUGGAGCCAGCGAGAUGUUCAACAGCUUCUUGAGGAAAGCACAGCAGGAGACCCAGCAGAUUCCCACAGAAGAGGUCGCUCUAGACAUCUGCCUUUCCAACGGUCAGAAGGUCACGGUCAACAUCCUGACCUCGGAUCAGACGGAGGACGUCCUAGAUGCUGUUGCUACAAAGCUUGACCUCCCAGAUGACCUGGUUGGCUACUUCAGUCUCUUCCUGGUUCGUGAAGGCGUUGACGGAAGUCUGACAUUUGUGCGGAAGCUGCAGGAGUUUGAGCUGCCGUACGUUUCCAUCACCAGCUUGCGGAACUCUGAAUUCCACAUAGUCUUACGGAAAAGCUACUGGGACAUGGCGUACGAUAGUGACGUAAUGGACAACAGAGUCAGCCUGAAUUUGCUAUACGCACAGACAGUGUCUGACAUAGAGCGAGGCUGGAUACUCGUCAACAAAGACCAGCACAGGCAGCUCAAAUCACUGCAGGAGAAAGGCUCCAAGAAAGAAUUCAUUCAUCUAGGUCAGACACUCAAAUAUUAUGGCUAUAUCAAGUUCGACCCUUGUAUCACCGACUUCCCCGAGAAGGGCUGCCAGGUCAUCGUCAGCGCCGGCAACAACGAGCUCAACUUCCACGUCAAGCUGCCCAACGAACAGAUGAAGGAGGGAAGUUUCAAGGUCACACGUAUGAGGUGUUGGCGAGUCACAUCUUCUCAAGUCCCAAUAGCCAACGGUACGACCAACCCCUGCACCUCGGCCAAAUGUGAGGUCAAACUGGAACUGGCCUUCGAGUACCUGAUGAGCAAAGACCGCCUCCAGUGGGUCACCAUCACCAGUCAGCAGGCUAUCAUGAUGAGUAUCUGCCUUCAGUCUAUGGUGGAUGAGCUAAUGGUGAAGAAGUCGGGUGGCAGCAUUAAAAAGCUGCUGAGGAAACGACACAACGGCUCCAUCCACAGGCCCGACAGUCAGCAAGCUGUGAAAUCUCCCCCUCUGCUGGACUCCCCCGACCAAAACCGUGAACAGAUUGUCAAACUCUCAACCAAGCUGAGCUCGGUGUCUCUCAGAGGGAUCAGCGCCUCCAACUCGGCAAACGAUAUCAGCGGCAACGAUUUCCAUGGCAACUAUGCUUUCGAGGGAAUCGGAGACGAUGAUCUGUAACCCUCGAUUCGCCCCCCUCCCCUUUUCAUUCCACUGUCGGGACGACAAAGAUUACGAGCCGAGCCGAGCGGUCCACACAGGCGUCCGAUUCUGCAAGAUUGUAGCUUCUUCCUGGGGAAAACUGCUGCCUUAAGCUCUCAACGAACCUCUGACUGCGUCCUUUCCUUUAGACUCCGAAGGCUCGUCUCCAUUUGCAUCUUAGUUCCAAUCAUUAUAUUCAGACUUUUGUUUUUGAACUGGUGGAAACUACAUGAAGAAAGAUCCUGGAUCCUUCCUGCAGUGGCUGAAUGUUUUUUUUUCCGAGCAGAGAGCCAAAUGUUUAGUUAGACCUGGCACUAGUGAUAACACAGCAGAACUGGACGGAACGACCCAGCCAGCGAAUUCCAGCGAAUGUGAUUUAUCUCAAAAACUGCAGACUAUUCAGAGCGACUGCUUGCCUACACGGACGAUCAUUGUUUGGCUUGGCUGCAUACCAAAACGUUAUUUGUGGUCCUCUUGUGUGUCCUGCUAAUUGUGUGCCAAGUUAGCGAAUAUCUUAGCGAGAUAUCAGCGGUAGAGUCACUCAUCCUGCCUCCAGAAUUAGUCUGAUGCCUUAAACUUUUUGCUUUGUUUUUGCCUCGUGGAGUUCAACCAUCCAACACGUCCCGGGUUCCGGCUAAGCGUCUGUGUCGUCCGACGAUAACUAGAAUCUUGCAGAACUCGAUCCGCGGCCGAUUCGACUGAGCUGCUUGCACUUGCUGAACAAAUCGUUUUGCACAGUAUUACAGGCGGAGACGGAUGUUUGAGUGGGCGCUCGGGGAAACGACUUUAAACAUCGCGCGGAGAGACUUUUGUUUUUCCGGGGGGACUCUGUAAAUCCAUCUAUGAUUUCUUUAUUUUUUAACCAAUUUUUUAAGGUUUCUCAUAAAUGCCAAAUUAUAGUUUACUAAAGCAUUUUGCACAAAAUAAACAUAAAAAUUAUGACAAUGUCACUUUUUAUAUUAUGUACAUGCAAUUAAGUAUUCUGAACCUUUACUAAUAUCUCUAUCAUCAUAGCUUAUUGUAAUCAAAUAGAUCAAAUGUAAUCUAAGCUGUAUGGAACAAAGUUUAAAUGGACCAACAUUUAUCAUGUUUACAUAAUGUUUAGGGGACUUUUAGUUAAAAAUGAGGAGUGUUUACAAAUUUUGCGUCUGAUUUUCCUUUCGGUCCAGCGGGCGGGGAGCGUCGGGAGCGCUCUUCGCGGCUUCACUUCGGUGUAAUUCGUACGUACAUUGUGCCAAUCAUCUCAGAGGAUUUAAGCUGAAAACGGUGCUUUGGUGAAGUGGCUCAUGUGAUCACAAGUGCUGGAGUGAAUAGUGGGUCCGCGGGGAGCGGGCGACGAAACGAACGCGUCCCCCGUUUUCGACGCUGUCCGAAGCCUCUAAAUGUAAAUCAGUGCCAACCUUAUCAGCAGCUUUACUCUCACUGGUAGCCACAACUGCAAACGAAAUGUUCUCAAUAGAAAAUGUCUACUUUUUAUUUUUGAUUCUCGUCGUCUUCGGCUGCUGCGAUCCUUCUCCAUUGUUGCUUUUACGGUCAUUCUUUUUAUUUUUUAUUUUAUUUUAUUGUCUCUGUUGGUGUCAAUACCAAGUACAGAAAGCUCUAAGGUCCUGGGUGUUAAUAAAUGUGUAGGUGCCAAAUUAAAAGUGCAGUUUUUACAUCAGCAUCACUUUUAAAAGUAAAUGUCAACUUUCACGAACAUUGUACUGAUUCAUUCCGCUCACGUGCAGUUUGAUUUUUAGUGGUGAGGUCAGUGACAGCUGUCUUGGUCUGUUUGUCAUAAUGCUAAAAUAAAACUCUGAAAUUCA